UUUUUUGUCAAUUGCAAAGCUGCCCUAUCCCUCCCUCCUCUCCUCUUCUCUUCCUCCACUCUAAAACCAGAUUCACGAUGGGGGCUUUGGACGACGACAUAGAGAGCGUCCUCUAUUCCUCCGAAGAAAUCUCAAGGCGAGUCUCGGAGCUCGCUUCUCAGAUCACCGCUGAUUUGGAUAAUAACAACACCAACAAUACAGAGUCGUCUCCGCCUGUGGUCGUGGUUGGCGUCGCCACCGGGGCGUUUCUGUUCCUUGCCGACCUCGUCAGGAACAUCAAACUUCCCGUCACCGUUGACUUCAUUCGAGCCGAAUCUUAUGGCUCCGGAACUGUGUCCAGCGGUGAUCCUAGGAUUUCAUCCGAUUUGAAGAUGGAUAUUCUCGGGAAGCACGUCAUUUUGGUUGAGGACAUUGUUGAUACGGGGAACACUUUGUCUUGUCUCAUUGCUCACUUGAAAUCCAAAGGAGCGUCAUCCAUAUCAGUUUGCACUUUUCUUGAUAAACCGGCGAGACGGAAAGUUAAUUUUGAGCUUGUUGGUGAAGGAAAGUAUUAUUGUGGCUUUGAGUGCCCGGAUUAUUUUGUUGUGGGCUAUGGACUGGACUUAGCUGAAUUAUACAGGAAUUUGCCUUAUGUUGGGGUCUUGAAGCCGGAAAUGUACAAGUGAAUUCUGCUGUCGCUUCAUAUCUGUGAAAUAAAUGUUCACUUGGUUUAGGGUCCCAUGGUCUAUAUGGAUGAACCUACUCAUACCAAUGAUUAAAUCAGCUGUGAAUUACCCACUGCAAUUUGGGAUUUCUUUCAUUCUCCCUUCUUUUUUGGUGUUUCUGUAACUGUCCCGUGGGACUGUCUUGUUUAUUUUGGAGAAUGUUACAGUUCUUCUGUCGAAGAAUGAGGGACGGGAUAUAAUGGAUCAAUUGUUGUUCUGCUA